AUGGCCGCUUUACUGAUGCCACGCAGGAACAAAGGGAUGAGGACCCGCCUGGGAUGCCUGUCUCACAAGUCAGACUCGUGUAGUGAUUUCACAGCUAUUCUUCCCGACAAACCCAACCGUGCUCUAAAGAGACUAUCCACAGAAGAAGCCACGAGGUGGGCAGAUUCCUUUGACGUGCUUCUCUCCCAUAAGUAUGGGGUGGCCGCCUUCCGCGCCUUUUUGAAGACCGAGUUCAGCGAGGAGAACCUAGAAUUCUGGCUGGCCUGUGAGGAGUUCAAGAAGACCAGAUCAACUGCAAAACUGGUCUCCAAGGCCCAUAGGAUCUUUGAGGAGUUUGUGGAUGUGCAGGCUCCGAGGGAGGUAAACAUAGACUUCCAGACCCGAGAAGCCACGAGGAAGAACAUGCAAGAGCCAUCCCUGACUUGCUUUGACCAAGCGCAGGGAAAAGUACACAGCCUCAUGGAGAAAGACUCUUAUCCCAGGUUCCUGAGGUCCAAAAUGUACUUAGAUUUGCUGUCCCAAAGCCAGAGGAGGCUCAGUUAG